AGUUUCUGGGACAGCGGUAGCCGAGCGCCUCAGCCGGCCCGCAGGGAUUCCUUGCUCAGCCAAUCGCCUGUGAGCAGGGCUCUGCCCCUGACAAAGAUGGCGCGGGCGGCCGCUGUGAGGGCAGGCUGAGCUAAACACCCGAACCCGCGGCGGCGGACAGUGAAGACAGUGGUAGCGGCGCAGCCCCGACCAUGGAGGAAGGCAGCAGCGCUGGCAGCGGUGGCAGCGACAGCAGCACCAGUGGGAAUGGCGAGGCGCACCAACGGGAACUGGAGCGCAUGGCUGAGGUCCUGGUGACCGGAGAGCAGCUACGGCUCAGGCUCCAUGAAGAGAAGGUGAUUAAAGAUAGACGACAUCAUCUCAAAACCUACCCAAACUGCUUUGUUGCAAAAGAGCUGAUUGACUGGCUCAUUGAACACAAAGAGGCGUCUGACAGAGAGACGGCAAUUAAACUCAUGCAGAAAUUAGCAGACCGGGGCAUCAUUCACCACGUGUGUGAUGAACAUAAGGAGUUCAAGGAUGUCAAACUCUUCUACCGCUUUCGAAAGGAUGACGGCACCUUCCCGUUGGACAAUGAAGUGAAGGCCUUCAUGAGAGGACAGAGGCUGUAUGAGAAGCUGAUGAGUCCUGAGAACACACUUUUGCAGCCCAGGGAGGAGGAAGGAGUCAAGUAUGAACGCACUUUCAUGGCAUCAGAAUUCCUGGAUUGGCUGGUUCAGGAGGGCGAAGCCACCACAAGGAAGGAGGGGGAGCAGCUUUGCACCCGGCUGAUGGAGCACGGCAUCAUACAGCAUGUGUCCAACAAGCACCCAUUCGUGGACAGCAACCUCCUGUACCAGUUCAGAAUGAACUUCCGUCGGAGGCGAAGACUGAUGGAGCUGCUCAGUGAGAGGUCGCCCUCCUCGCAGGAAGCACACGACAGCCCCUUCUGCCUGAGGAAGCAGGGCCACGACAAUCGGAAAUCAACCAGCUUCAUGUCAGUCAGCCCCAGCAAGGAGAUCAAGAUCGUGUCCGCCGUGCGGAGAAGCAGCAUGAGCAGCUGUGGCAGCAGCGGCUACUUCAGCAGCAGCCCCACGCUCAGCAGCAGCCCCCCUGUGCUCUGCAACCCCAAGUCCGUGUUAAAGAGACCUGUCACUUCAGAGGAACUGCUCACUCCCGGGGCUCCGUACGCAAGGAAGACUUUCACGAUUGUCGGUGACGCUGUUGGCUGGGGCUUUGUGGUACGAGGAAGCAAGCCGUGCCACAUCCAGGCCGUGGACCCUAGUGGCCCUGCAGCUGCGGCAGGAAUGAAGGUCUGUCAGUUUGUCGUCUCUGUAAAUGGGCUCAACGUGCUACACGUAGACUACAGGACGGUGAGCAAUCUGAUUCUGACGGGACCCCGGACAAUUGUCAUGGAAGUCAUGGAGGAACUGGAAUGCUGA